AUGGCAGAACCAAAUGAUGCAAACGAAAAUCACCAAUUAAUAAUUGAUAUUAUCUCAGAUAACAUUAGAGAGACAGCAUAUAAGAAACAAGAAACAACGUUAAUAUUUCAAAUAAAUGAUGACAUUGAAGUAGCAAGCCAAGAAGAAGGCUAUAUAGGUUCUUACUACCAAGCAAGUAUUGUUCAUCCGAUUGGUGCUUAUCAUUACAAAGUCAAAUACAAAACACUGGUGAAUGAUGAUAAAACGACGCCACUAGAGGAGUCGGUACAUGUUUCAGAGGUCCGUCCUAUUCCACCUGCUAUUCCACAUGAAACAAGGCCAAUGGAAAUCUACGAGAUCGUUGAUGUGUAUGCCAAUGAGGGAUGGUGGUUCGGGGUAAUCACUGCCAAAGUUGAACAAGAUUACUAUGUCUAUUUUCCUACUACAGAAGAUACCGUUGCCUAUUCUAUUGAUAAGUUGAGGGUUCAUCAAGAAUGGUCUGAUGGCAACUGGAUAAUUCCUUUAUUACGUUAA